AUGGGAGGCAACAACAAGCGCGUGAAAGUCUCUCCUAUCUCCUUUGACACCGAUGGUGGUGAGAAGCACGUUUCUUCUUUAACUUCUCUCUCGUAUCUCAAAUCGCUCCAAAAUCUCAUCCGAUGCGACGGGUGCCAAAACGCGAUGUGUCUCGACGACGAGAGGAAUCCACCACCAAUCACGCUUCAUUGCGGGCACACGAUCUGUCGCGAUUGCGGGAUGAAAGCGACUGAACCGAGGAAAGGGUUUUACGAGGCGUUCUGUCCGGCACAAAGUGGGUGUUCGGAGCAAGUUUUCGCGAGAGAUUUUACAGAUGCAGUCGUGGGAAACAUAAAAAUGGUGGAAAUAGCGCAUCGGGCUCGAGAGCUGGAAACGAAGAUGCUGAAGGAGAAACGAAGGAGAGAUGAUGCUUUUUGCGCAGGAGAGGACGCGAAAAGGAAACUGGGGGAGAAGGACGAAAAUAACAAAAAGGGUAUUGAAAACACCGCGAUGAUGGUGGCGAGGGCGGUGCCGACACGGAAGUUGACGGAGGCGUUCGAGUCCGCGUUGUUGCGGACGGCGUGCGAAAGCGCGAUGGAGAUUAUGGGCGAUCCGGAUGUGCCACCGGGACUGGCGUCGUUUGUCGAUGGUAGCAGGGAGAAAGAGGGAGAGAAGUUUGCAAAGUUGGAGGCGCGAAGGAAGGUGAUUAUGGCGUCGGCGAGCGAACGCGAGAAAGCGGAGGCGAUGGAGGAGUUGUCGAGAACGAUUGAGGAGUUAAAGGAGAAAAGGGCGAAGAUACGACGCGCGCGCGAAAUGCUGGAAGAAAGGGAGAGAGCAGAGAAGGAGGAAAAAGGACCGUCGUCGUCUCAGGAAGACUUGGCGGUGCUGCGAGAAAAGGUGACGAGAGAGAUUGACGCCAUGAACACGAAUCAAUUGCGCGCGAGGUACGUUCACAUGCACGGCAAGCAGCCGGUAAAAGGGACGACGAAGAGCGAUUAUCGGAAAAUAUUUGAAAACGUCGACCCGAGCGUGUGGUUAGCAGCGACGGAAUAUAUAGAAGCGAGCAGGAAUAAUCGAUCGCAACCAAGUCAGGAUCAUCAAUUGCAACAAGAAGGCGUUCUCCUUGUUCGUGAUUCGCUAGGGGUUGGCGAGGAAGACGUUACGAUGAGAAAAGGGGCUAUGGGAACGGCAAAGGCGACGACGACGGCGACGAAAGAACUCUUCCACAACCCGUUUUCUCGCUUGCGUUCUUCGACUAGGAUUAACAAUAAACGACGCGCGUCUGCGAGUUUCGAUAUUCCGGAAGUUUUCGCGUUGACGAACACGUCGAGCGAAACAGAGCAAUCGGUGAAAGAUGCCGCGUACGAUGAAAUAUUAAAUCAGAUCAUGCGGUGCGGAAGGCACGCGGUUGUCGUUAAAGACGACGAUCAACCGCUAGAUGACAACGUUACCCAUUGUAUCGUGACGAGUGGCGCGACUAUCCAUUCAAACGAUGACGACGGAAAGACGAAGAACGGGGCAAGAAAGAAGUACGUCAUUAAGAAACGCUCCGUGCGGUAUUUGGAAUCCUUAGCGAGAGGUAUUUGGAUUGUAUCGAGCGAAUGGCUCGACUCGCGCAAAGAUUUGAAAAAGUACGCCAACGAAGAGGAAUUUGAGAUUCACGACGCUGCCGGUACUUGGGAGGACAUGGGAACCAAUGGGCUACUCGAUGUGAGGAUUUUUAACAGCGCUUCUUUGCAUCGAAAGAAUAAAGAAAAUUUUUCCGGGUUGUUCGAAUCUUCGGAGUCGGAUUCGUUGAUGCUGACGAGAAGAGCGCGCACGACGAAAGAGAUUGCGGCGGCGAAAAGUAGUGGGAUCUUUAAUGGCCUCAAGAUAGUCGUAGACGUGCCGGAUUUUUUCUUCGCAUCAUCGAAGAAGACAGAAUGGUCCAUCUGUAAGAGCGAUUGCGAGCGAAUAUUAGAAAGCGCGGGCGCCGAAGUGCUUCGGGAACGAGACUAUGUCGUGCUUGACUCGUAUUUUGGAGAGAACGAAACGGAUUCUCCAGUUCCGGAUAGCGAAGACGACGAACAAGACGAACAAAAUAUAAAACAGCAGCAACAACAACAAAGGAGCAAAGGAGAAUGGAAAUUUAAGGAGGAGGCGUGCGCCUCGGUCGACUUCGUUUUGCUCGACGGCGACGCGCAACCUGAAUUACAACGUAUCCAAAGAGUGAAACAGACGUUUCCGAGCGCAAAAGUCGUCGAUUGGCACUGGUUUGUCCACUCUUUAGUGAAAGGGUACACGUUAGAAACGGAGGACACGUACGAAAUGCCUCUCGGCGUGCACUACCCUCGACAAAAUUUUCGAUUGUGA